UGUUAGCGCUUAACUUUUGCUUUUAGCGCAAACGAAAGAGUCCUUCCGGACAAUGUCACUGUCAAACGACGAAGUAGUGGCCACACAUGAAAAAAAACAAAGGAAGGAGAAGGUGCAGAAGGCGAAGAAGGCUAAAUCCGACGAGUCCGACUUCCGCCCAGCUGAAAACAUCGUAAGGAAAAAGGUUGCGGAUAUCAUCGAGAUGGAGAUAGACAGAAAAAAGAAGAAAAAGAAAGAGAAGAAGGAUAAGGAUAAGGAUAAGGAUAAGGAACCAGUGGUGGAUUUAGAGGGUGCAAAAGAAAUCAAGUCGUUCAUUCAGGGGGCACCUGAAAUAGAGAUGGUCAAGCAAGCUGAGGGAGAAUUCGAAGUGAUAUCAGAAAAGAAUAAAGAGGGAAAGAGGAAAGGAAGGGAGAGACGGAGGAAUUCGGAACUUGACUCAGAGGGAGCUCCGACCGCACGAAGGAAUAAAAGAAAGAGGGAAGAGUCGGAAAAUGCGGAUACGGAAGACAUGCAAGGGGAGGAUUCCAAGAAGAAGAAAUCAAGAAACAACACUGGGUUUCCUGACCCUGUAGAAGAGGCUUUACUAUCGGACCAAGCUCGAUUAGCCCUUACAUAUGCUUUCAAACAAUUCCGAAAACCUUCAAAAUGGAAAUUCAUGAAAUCACGUCAGAAUUGGAUCAUUAGGAACUGGGCUACUGAUAAUAUCCCCGAUUCACAGAUGCCCCUCGUCCUCAAAUACCUUUCCAAUGUAAAGGGCAAUAUCCGCGAGCACUUAAUGAGGACUUGUGAAUCUAUCAUUUCUACCGAGAAUCCGGCUCACACUUCAGUCGUUACUGAGAGGGAUAGCGAAAGGGACGAUGAUGAGAAAACUCAUCCGACAGAAAAAGCCACCAAUCCAAUGAAAGUCUUACGAGCAGAAGCUAUGCUGGCAAUGUUCAUGGACGAAACAAAAUUUGAUUGAUACUUUUACCCGGGGUUGUGAAUGCUAUUGAUGAUGUGUAUUAUUGUGCGCAGUGAUGUCCGUAAUAUCGUAAUCAUGAAGGAGCAAGAAAGUCA